AUGGCUCCGACUCCGUGGUUAGGGCCUCGCGAGCCCCAUGUGGCCAAGGAGGUGCCCAUAGGCGGCGAUAUCAUGUCGAUUAUCGUCACUCUCGCCGCCGUCACCGCCUUGUCGGCCUUUCUCUCUCAACGGUUCCUUGCCGUCAAGUCAUGGCGAAGGUUACCCUUUGUUGUGUGGAUUGUCUUCGCUAUCUACAUCGACUCAUACUGCUUCGUCUUUGCCACAGCCCUCCUUCAACAAGUCUUUGGCGUCAACACCAAUUACAACAUCUGCCACGGCGCCAUCUUACUCUGUUUAGUUUGCUAUGUAACGACAAAGAUUCUCAUCUACGUUUUCCUCGUCGAGAAAGCAUACAUCAUUCGAAGUUCAACGGUACGAAGGAUGAAGUCGAAACUUUACUUGUUCAACAUGUUUGGCAUGCUUGGCGGCUACACAGUUGUGGUCAUUCUCAACUUCAUCUUCCGUAUCGCGAAAAUCGUCAACGGAGAAUGCGUUAUUGGCAUGCAGAGCAUCUCCAUGAUCCCUCUCAUCACCUUUGAUGCCGUGGUUAAUGUUUACCUCACCUUUCUCUUCCUUAUUCCUCUCAAGAACCUUUACUCCUACAAAAACCUGCCCAGAACCACUGCCAACGCCCGCCUCCGUAAUGUCGCCUUCCGCACCUUCGUUGGUGCCUGCUGCACCUUGCUCAGCAGCAUUGUCAAUCUCACUGUUUUGAUGGUUCUUGAUGGCGAGCCCGGUUGGGUGUGCCUCAUGUGCUGUAAUAGUGACAUCCUCUUCUCUGCCAUUGUCAUCCAAUGGGUCACAUCUCGCGACAGUGCCGGUUCCUCGAGCCAGCCGACCUCUGCCGCUGCCGUCGACGGAAGUCUUCACGCUAGACGGCCGUCUAUAGCGCACCCCCUUGGCCCAGUACACACCCCUCACGCCCCCAACUCACCACAUGGCACCGAUGCCGAGGUCUCGCUUGUGGCCUCGGCCACCGCUCGCUCCUCGUCUGAUAGCCCCGAAUCCGAACUGGCCAAGAUCCACUCGGGAACGAACGGCGGCGUAGUAGUCACGACCACCAUUCAUCGCCAGAGCCAACCGAGCAGUGGCUUCGGACUCGAGAUGGAGCGGAAGGACGGAAAUGGCAUGAGACUUGAGGACGACGAAUCGAUAUAUGGGUAUUCACCACGACCAGCGAGUUUCGCCAUCAACCAUGUCGAGAUUGCCGAACCUCCUCGGACACACAUCACAGGUGGUAGCAACAACCAUAACAACCACAAUAGCCAUCACAGCAAUCAUCAUCAUACGAAAUCUUUAUCUGACGGUUGA